GGCACAUGCAAAAUAUUAGACUUGUUAAGUCAUGUCUUGUAUGAUACCAUCAAAUUUGUUAUAUAGUGACCCUCUUAAAAUUUUGCAUUAUUGAUUAUUUUCUUUCCUACUGCUUUAAAACACAUUUGCAGUUGUAAAUUCUUUAUGUGGUGUAAAAUAAAUGAGUAAAAUGAAAGAAUUAAUAGUUCAGUGUCAUUGUGUCAUUUCAUUUUUUUAUCCUGAUACAGGCUCAAUAGGCUAAAGUUGCCUGAAGACAGCAAUCACAACCGUUUUCUUUAUUGAUAAAGAAAGCUUCUUUCUUUCUUUCUUUCUUUCUUUCUUUCUUUCUUUCUUUCUUUCUUUCUUUCGACAGGAGCUGGAAUGCUGCAUUCUCCUCUUACCUGCAAUGAGCCGCCUCUUUCCAACAGCAGGGGCCGCUGUGUGUAUGAAAUUGACAGCUUUUCAAUUCCACUCAAAAGACACAAUUGCUUCAACACCGCUUAUUUACAAUUGAUGUAUAAAAUAUUGGCCUUAUUUGACAUAUCAAGUAUCGUAUUUAAAGUCACCACUUCCUAUCAUAAAAUAGCAAUUUGUUAUGGUUAAUACCACUGCAGAUAUUACACGCAAGUCUGCAACAAUACGUACAUACGCAUUUGAAUAUUAGCGUGGCAAUUCUGAACUGCUGUAUGCGUGUACGUAAUUGUCCGUAUUUAUACAGUUAAUUGUAACUGAUGCUUACGAAUCGUCAUUCUGGAUUACUGCGGCCCAAUGAAACUGAGCGUCUAUAUGUUCAAUACUACCGAUCUAAUGCAGCAUUGACGUGUUGGUAUCUGUUUAGUGAGGCCACAGCACUGGAUGUGACCGGAAUGUAAUUUAUGAUACAGUAAGAGAAUUAAUAAAUUGGGAGCCAUAAAUUACGACAUAUUUCAAGAAACGGCUCGGUAUUGCAUUUUAAGUUAUUCCUGCCUAUUUUUCAUGCUUGGAUCGAUGCAAUUCUUGGACUGAAAAUCUCAGUAAUGCAAUAUUCCCUUCGAUGUCUAAGGUCUGCAAAAUAAAAUCAGGAAUCCCUUUGCCUGUGAUAAGUUGCGGACGGACGAAACUGCGCGCAGACAGCUGGUCUCGCUCUUUACGGCUCUGUGGGUACGUGCUUUUAUGAAGGGACAAUAAAUAGACAGUUUUGCAGUGAUGUUGUUUGCCGGGUAGGUAGUCCUCUCGCAACGAUGCUACACGUAAAAGGACAUAUUUUGCAGCUUUCCUCCGCAACGGAUCUGCGAGACAUGCCCUGUCAGAUCUGUAGCGCCUGUGGCUCUGGAUAGGCUGGUGAAUUUCUGCGUGUGAACAGAAGGAGGACGGCGACUGCGAAAGCCGGGGGGUAUUGCAGGUGAUUCUUCAAUAAAUAAUACAUACGCAAAUGUAUAUUUUUUUGCAAUCUGCAUUUUCAAAUAACUUUCGAGAAGAAUGCUUCACGGGGUUUUAAUCCACUAGCAUUACGCCGUUUCCGGUUCCUAGCUGGUGUUUCCCCGUUGCAAACUAUUGGAAAAGCAGCAUAUCCAAAUGGCAUGGACACUUACGCAAGGUCUGUUGCUCAGCCGUGUUACCGGAGCCUAUUUGCAGUCUCUUACUUCAACUCAGCUCCAUCAUCAUCAACCAACAACAACGAGAGCACUGCAGCAGCAACAGCGACCACAAAGCCAGAGCAGACGGCAUGAGGCUUGAUCCAGUUCAUUUCUCCAUGCUGGUCAUCGGGGUCUCCUUCGCCUGUUACUCCCCGAGUUUAAAUUCUUUGCAGGAUCAGGCUUUCAGAUCGGCGGUGGUCAUUGAAGGCAAGGUGCAGUCAGUGGCUAGUAAUGUCACCAAGGAGCCCCACAGUGUGAAUGUGAAAGUGCUGGACGUGUGGCCCCUCAACAGCGGGGGUCUCCAGAGAAACCAGCUAGUGACCAUCGGGGAUUUUGGUUCAGAGGCUCCGUGCGUCAAAGUAAAAAAGAACCACAAAUACAUUUUUUUCAUGGCCCCAACUGAUGAGCACUUAGUAUUCAAGGCAUCGUUUGCUCCUGUAGACACCAGCGGGAAGAAUCUAAAAAAAGAUGUUGGGAGGAUCUUGUGCGAGGACUGCGGGGCUGCCCCACAGUUGAACAGGUUCGAAAAUAUUACAGUCCGUGAGGGAGAAAAGCUCACUUUGAAAUGUGAAGCUACAGGAAACCCCAUUCCUGAAUUCAAAUGGUUUCGAGAUGGGAAGAAACUGAAGAAGAGUAAAGAGAUAAGGAUACGACAUGGAAGGAGAAACUCCAGGCUGCAAAUUGCAAAAGUUAAGGCUUCAGAUGCAGGAGAGUAUACUUGUGAGGCAGAGAAUGCUGUAGGAAGUAAUUCAUUAAAGAGCAAUGUCACUGUUCAGAGUGACACUUUGUAUGACUCAACUACUACCAUCUUGGAUGACACUUCUAAGCAGUCUGUAGCUUCGCUUUCUUCUGUUACCCAGAAUGCAACACAGCAUACAGCUCAGGCAGAAGGCAGUUUGAAGCCAUUAACAGAGAAUGUCUCAACACCAGCCACAACACCGUCUGGUUCUGGUCAUGCCAGGAAGUGCAAUGAAACUGAAAAGGCUUACUGCGUUAAUGGUGGAAUCUGUUACUACAUUGAUGGCAUAAACCAGCUCUCUUGCAAGUGUCCAAAUGAAUUUACAGGUGAUCGCUGUCAAACCUUCGUAAUCGCCGGUUUCUACCGGCAUCUUGGAUAUGAAUUUAAGGAGGCAGAGGAACUCUACCAGAAGAGAGUCCUAACAAUUACUGGAAUAUGUGUAGCUUUAUUGGUGGUGGGGAUUGUGUGUGUGGUCGCAUACUGCAAGACAAAGAAACAAAGAAAGAAAAUGCACAAUCACUUAAGGCAGAAUAUGUGCCCUGAUCAUCAGAAUCGAAAUUUAGCUAAUGGGCCAAAUCAUCCCGGGCCAGGACCGGAAGAGUUACCGAUGGUUGAUUAUAUUUCAAAGAACGUACCUGCAGCAGAGCGAAUAAUACGGCAUGAAGCAGAAACGUCUUUCUCUGGAAGCCAUCCUUCCUCUACUUCCCAUCAUUCCUCAACAGCCACUCAUACAUCUAGUCACAGGCAUGAAGAUCGUACAUGGAGCUUGGAUAGAACAGACAGCAUUAUUUCAGACUCACACUCUGGCAUUAUGUCAUCAUCUGUGGGAACUAGCAAAUGUAACAGUCCUGCCUGUAUUGAAGCCCGUACCCGACGUGCUGCACACUGUGGAAUAAUUGAGCCCAGACGCGCAAUGAUGCAUUACAGGGACUCUAUAGACUCACUCAGAGACUCUCCACAUAGUGACAGGUAUGUGUCAGCUCUCACCACGCCUGCCAGACUGUCACCAGUGGACUUCCAUUAUUCACUGCCUACUCAGGUGCCUACUUUUGAAAUCACUUCACCCAACUCUAGCCACGCAGUAUCCCUGCCCCCAGCUGCUGCCAUGACUUACCAUAUGGAAGAAGAGCAGCCUUUGCUACGACAGUACCAGGUGCCAUUGCAAGACGUGCAAAGACAUGACCCUUAUUACCAAAGGCGUAGCUAUCUGAAUGACAGCACAGGUAGCCUGCCUUCUAGUCCUUUUCGAAUGGUGGAAGAUGAUGAAUAUGAGACCACCCAGGAGUACCUUUCUGCAUUGGAGCAACCAAAGAAAACAGCAAGCAGCAGUAAACGGUGGAGAAAAUCUAAAGUGAAUGGUCACAUAAGUCAAAGACGGGACAUUAUCAGAGACUUCAGCUCCCAAAGCUGCAUGUCUAUCAGUGAUUCGGAGGAGGAGCAAGCAGGAGAAAGCACUCCUUUCUUAAGUAUGCAGAACAUGAACAUGACAGCAAAUGCAGAACCUUCAACUGUCUACAGACCAGGUGACAACAGGACUUAUUAUUCAUUCAACAGACACACUGCACGUGGGAAUUUACAGACCAGAAUAACGCACACACGAUCAAAACAGGACUCUGCUCCUCUUUAAAAAUAAAUCAAAGUGAUAAAAUGCUAUAGAGCUGCAUCUAUAAGAAAUAUUUUUAUUUUAUAUAACAGACAGAUAUUCUAAACAAAUGAAAUAUUUUAUUUUCAUUUUAGCAAAACUUGUCUACUAGCUAACAGCAAAGACUUUUUUUUUAUAGGGAAAACUAUUUAUAUGUACUAUUUGAUUUACAGCUUAAGAAAAAAAAGAUGUGCCAAUUUUUUCACUUCUUAAAAAUAGAAUAAUAUUGUGGUGCCUUUUGCUGUAUGCUGAUGCCAGUUUCUGCUGAGGUCUGAAUUUUUUGUAGCUUUUCCAAUACGGACUCAUCAUUUUUUAUAGACACGUUCCUUCCUGAUUCUUUUGUUUGGGGUGAGUUCCCAUUUUCAACAGUGUUAAUGAAUGUUAUCCUUUAAUGUUGGUUUAACAUCAUGCAAUAUAACCUGCUCAUCCAUAAUAUGUAUGUUUAUAUUCAAAAGAAAAGACCGUGGGGAUGCAAUUAUAAUGAAAGAUGCAAUAUGUUUCUCAAUGUUGUAAGAUGUGAACAUGAACACAACAGAUCCAAACAGUUGUAAUUUUAUUAAUUCCAGAUAUUAAGAUAUUAAUCUGUCUGGAGCAAUGCCUUUUUCUUGAGAAAGAAACACAGUCAUACAAAUGUAAUUUCUUUUCAGUUCUCUGAGUGAAAGUGGGCAUGUGUGUAUAUCUUUCCCAAUACAGUACUUACACACACACAUAUAUAUAUAUUUAUAUAUAUCUGUAUAUAUUCACAGUAUAAAUUUAAAACUGAAUGUGUGUGUAGAUUAUAUAUACAUGCCAUAUAUAUUUCCACACACAUAUAUUUACAUACUGUAUAUGCAGACAAUACUCUUAAUAUUGGCUGAUGCUGAUAUUGUAGAAUUCCUGAAUCUCCUUUUGCUUUGUAAGUCCUUCGGCUUUUCUUUUAUCACCUAAUGUUAUUUUUACCCCCCUCUUUCUGACCUGUUUCUUCUUGCUGCCAUAAUGUUGAAUGUAAAAAUUUAACCGAUCAGUUAUUUUUUAUGCUUUAACAAUAUUACAGAUACAUUCCAGUUUAAGCAAUGUAGAUCAGUGAUUUUAUGAAUACAUUCAAUUUCAAGUGUAAGGAAUAUGUAGGGCAAAUGUCCCUUUCAGAUAUCUAAUGGGUUUUGUGUGAUUGAAAAAAGUUUUUAUUCAUUGUAAUUUCACAGAAAGCCAGGGCCUGUUCCAGCAACAAAAAAUGUAAAGGCAUUCACCAGGAUGUGAUGUCCUUUCUUUUGAGGUCAAACUCAUCACACUGUCACACCGGGCUAGUUUAGAGUUAUCAUUUAGACCCUCAUACACUAGCAUUCAGAGUAAAUCCAUGAAAACGCAAAUAGAGUAUGCUUGUUUUACAACAAUGACAGGCUGGGAAUUGAACCCUUGUCUCUUUUGCUAUCAGGGAGCAAUGUUUUCUACCAGCCAUAUAAAGGCUGAAACUGAAUAGCAUUUAGAUCAGAAAUAAUGGGAUUGAAAUUAAACUGCCAAGAUUAAAGAAGCAUCUUGAGCUUUGAUUAUAAUCAUCAUGAUGACAGGCAAAUGUAAAAGUUUACCUCAGCCUACACCUAAGAAAACACUAUGAUGUUUUAAUUAGAUAACUAUUUUCCCCUUAGGUGAUAUUUUAUUAUAAAAACAAUUUCAAAUGGUUGAGUUGUCAUGUAGCUCAUGCAAAUAAUCAAAGCAGCAUUUCAAAGGUUCAGCUAGAAGCAUGCUUCAGUUGAGGUGGCAAAAGUUACACCAUUUGAAUUGCUUGUUUACUACGGACUCGACUUGGUGUUCUUCUCCAGGAGUCCCAAAGGGACAGUCAAAAUGGUAUCCGGCUAUCUCACAUUAUCAGACUUUAGAAAUAUGGUAUUCAAGUACAGACAGUAAAUAAAGAACAGUGGAACUUGUUUUAAAUAGAGAAAGAAAGCACCUUCAGCACUGAAUCAGAUCAUAUUAGUGCGAAGGUUCAAAUUUGUCUUGGGGUACAUUAACAUGUCAUUUUUCAUAUUCAGAGACAGGGUGUUAAAAAUAUAGGGUAGAGUUAACAUUAACAGUAUGGAGCCAGUAGCACUACACAAAACACCCACAGAUAAAAUCUUUCUGAAAUAAACACAGUACAAAUGCAAGCAUAGGCAAGUAAAACUAAAUUUUAACAUCAGGCUCUAUAUACAUUUUGUGAUCUUUUCACAGUUCAUUGCUGUAUUUCAUUUUAAUCUACUGUACAUUUUUAAAACAGAACAUUCUCAUCAUUUUGGCCUCCAUUAACUUUACAUGUUCACUUGACCUUUGACACAGAGGCUGUGAUAGUCCGAGUUGGCUUUGCAGUCCUUGGCAGCUUGAACCCAGGACUUUUGAUAAAGACACAGAGGAACAGCCGGACAAAUGAGGGCACACACAGUCGACAAGAGAUGAUAUAAAGUGCUUUGUGCUUUUAUUCCACAAAAUUAAAAGCAUGUGUAAAUAGAGCAGUGCAAAGUUUCUUCCUAAAAUAAAUAAUCUAAUAAAAUCAAGUGUUCUUCAGGAGGUUAAAACCAAACAAUAAAUAUCCACUUAAUAACUACGUUAAAAAUUCUGGACAGAAAAACAUUUUUAAAAAAGCAACCUGAGCCACUGUGCUUCCUUUCUAAAAACCAACGUCUCCUCUGCUUACCCUGAUGGGAUCUCUUUAGUUUGAGGAGACCCCUUAAUACCCCUUAAUACUUGCUCAUUUUUCUGCUGCCAGUCCUAUGCUGUUGUAUGGGGCACCGCUCCUUCAUUGAGCACAUGGCCGCUUCUGCUCCAGAAGACACUCAGCCGGAGAGACCUCUACCCUCAAUUGCUGGCCAAGUGCUUCUCUUGGGCUCUCUCUUGGCACAGCACAACAAACCUCUCUCAUCACAGAGGCACCCAGAGACCCAUAUGCAGACUUAUAUAUUCAAGGCUCCUCUGUAAUCCUUCCCAUCUUUACAUUCAUUUUUUGUUUCCUUAACCUCCAUCUACUUAUUUCCUUCUCUUUUUUUUUUUUUUUCGUUAUGUGUCCAGCCCAGGCUCCUUUUUAUGCUCCUAUCAGGUACAGGUGCUGGAAUCACUUGCUCCAAGAUGUGAACGAAGCACUUGACUGAUCCACUUGCAUUUGUACAUGAAUGUGCAAUCGGACAAGCAAUUGAAUCAUCCAUGGAACCUGCACGCUCCAAAACUUCCAAGUUAUGGAUUUAAAAUACACAACACCAUAGACCUCUCUCAUCACAGAGGCACACAGACCCCCACAUACAGACAUAUACAUUCACAUACUGUAGGCCCACCACAGUAAAAUAUUAUUUUAAAUAUUUAGCUCUUGAAAAACAUUUGAGAGUCUCCAAACAUUCAUUUUUUUUACAUUUAUUAAAGAUAAUGUAUACAGUGUAUAUAAAUCAAUGAUAAAAUUAUGGUAAUUCAACUAAGAAUUACCCCACCAGACACUUUUAUCUUAGAUCGUAAUAAUAAAAUGCCAUCUACUUGAUAGUUAGUAUUUAUUGACCAUAUUAAAUUUCUAAACCUUUGGUUUCAUUAUACUUAAAAUGUUUUUUUCACUCAAGCAGUAUAAAUUAUAUUGGCUAAUGAUACAUGGUCUUGGCAUCAUUAUACUACUGAGACCUUUAAUGUGGUAACAUUUGGCAGGUCUUGUGAGCAGCAUGAGAAAAUGUUGUGUUGCGCAUGAUGUUUCCUUCUAGUUUCUGUGGAAAUUCGUCAUUUCUAUAGAUGGACAGAUUUCUAAUAGUACACACCAAAAACUUUUUGUAUGAACCUGCUAAUCUGAUUUAGUAAACUUAGAAUGCAGGCUACAAUUUUUACUGUAGUCCUCAGGCAUUUGGGUUGUUGAAUGUAAGACUACCACCAUAACAAAGAAGACAUCAAAACUACAUAUUUUCAUAGGUAGAAAAGUGCAAACUGUAUAGUUACUUGUGCAAAUUAAAUAUGCAAAUACCCAAUGAAACUUUGUGUAGUCAGUCAGUCAUUUUCACACUCACUAAUUCCAAUCUGGGGUCACGGGGAUAUACACCUAUAUAUUCUCAUUUCCUUGUUAAUGGAUUUCACAGCAAGGAUUUAUCUGAAAAGUGAAAAUAAGUUCAAGGAUGAAGUAUGCUGUAGACUAGCAUGAUACUGCAUGCGAUAUGUGUUGACAGUGAACCAAAGACAGAUAGUAGAGAGCUGUUAUGAAAAUCUUAUUUCCGCAUACAUUCACACAUGCAGAUUGGUCAAUGGGAAGUUGUGUAAAGUAUACAUUAUGAAAGCAGACAGCUGGAGUGGCAAACAUGUUGUAGACUUUUGAAACUGUGACUAUGCUAAGCAUGUUGCAUUUACCGCCACAUUACUUGUACAGUAAAUCAUAUGCUGUAUUUGAAUAAAGGCAACUUUACUCAUCAGAUACAAUAACACUAUACAGGCUCCUCAAGCCUUACUCCUUAAAAUCCCACAAAUUAUUUUUAAGUCCUUCUACAUUUAUUGCACAUGCAUUUGAUAUAGCUGUAAAUUUGUGAGACUGUGUGUAUGUGCUUGUGUCCAAGUCAUCUGAAGAAACAAACUGGAUCUUUGACCUAGUAUGAACUGGAAUAAAUUCAUUUAGAGUGUUUUCCCUUGUAUUGUACCUUCUAAACUCUCCAUCUUUAAACAUGACUAUAUUUGCGUCUUAAUGUAGCAAAGUUACAAAUGGUUGAACAAUGUAAUUUCUGAAAAAAAAAAAAAAAAUUGCUACGUUGUAAUUUUGGAAUGGAAUCAGAAACAUCAGGGAAAGGUAAAAUUGCUAGGUAGAUUUAACACACAAGUGUAAUAUUCAGAGGUGUCUUAUAUUGGAAAGUCAUUUAUCAGCUUUGCUGAAAAUCAGGCCAUUAGCAAGAGAAAAUGUCACCAUCAUGUUGUAAAAUAAUUGCAUAUACAAAGCAGUGCGAAUUGAACUGUUUGGGUAAAGUUUCUACCAAAGCAUUUACUCCAGUAACGGUGAACUCUUUCAGACAAUUAUUUUCUGGUUAUACAUAAUGUAUUUAUUUUCUUUUAAUCAUAUAAUUUCAAUUACAUUGUCAAAAGCAGCAUAAAUUAUUUAUUGAGGAGAAAGAGGCAUCCACUGCUAUCAAAAAAAAAAAAAAAAUCACUUGGGUCUUAAUUUUUCCUGAUGUGUAAGGUGCAGUGCUAAUAGUGCAUCACUGAAAUGACUCUUUUGGGGUUUGACGCGUCUCCCUUUGUAAAACUGUCACUUUGAAAAUCCUUUGGGGGGAGGGCUUGAUAUGAAUGAAUGCAGUGCUUCUAAUUUAUUUGUGAAAGCACCCGUUUAAGGUCACUUUUGUCCUGCAGGGAUCUGUUUGUUUGUUUGUUUGAUUUCAGUUAAUGUAGCUUUAAAAAUAAUCAGUAAAAUAACACCUUGAUUCUGCAUGUUCUUGGCAAAUCAGAGAGGUGGAUGCAUGGAAAAGCUGCAACAGAAAAGAUUUCCAGAUUUAAAACGAAAGAGUAUUAAUUUUAACAUUCAGCAAUAAAGUCCCUUUACAUGUUCAUUACAGAAAACUACUAUAGAUUUUGCCAGAUUAUCAUUAAUUCUUGUAAAAUAAAUACUGAACCACCUCUUGAAAAAAUAAACCUUUAUUCAUUACAUUUUUAA